AUGGACAACCUCGUGGAAUCGCUUAAGCAUCUUCGGGAUACGCGAGUUCAUCAAUUUGAUCUCUCGGAAAUCUACCACUAUUCCUCACGAUUUGCUGCUUUGCCACAGAUACAUCACCAAGCCAACCCAGACCCGGAAUUUACAUCGCAGAGUCUGCACGAAUUUAGAAUUGAACUACCAGACCAGGGUAUACGGGCUGCUGCUGCUGCGCCCCUUCUUUCGGAAGCAAUCACGGAAGCUGCCAACUCCUUUAUUGCUCAGACACAGAAUCGCUGCACAGCUACAAGCUUCGAGUCUGCGAUUGAUGAUGCUGUGCCACUAACUGUUAAGAAUGCAUCAACCUUUUUGCGUUUCUACUUAUCGAAACAUGGUAAAUCCAGUGAGAUUGAUGCUCGUUGUACCCAGAAGAGAUUUAACUCUACAAAUGUCCACUAUGGCACACUUUAUAUUGACGGUCAACCUGUGACUGAUCCGAUAAUGGCCGACUCUGAUAAGGUAGCUUGGACCCUUGCGAGACUCGCAGGAGCCGUUCAUCUUAUCAGUAAGGAGCCAUCUCUCUGGACCGAAUUCGUACAAGAAACAACUGGAGGAGAGACGCAUCUCGCGAACUCCGUGUCCACAACGAUGACUCCCGAGGCUCUUGCAGCCAUCCAGACCUGCCUCGAACACCUUCAAAAGACCUGCUCUGUGGAUAAAUCUGCGAUUAAAGAACAACCUUCAAAAGCUAUUGAAUCGCUUUCCCCAGGGGCCCUGACCACCUGGAAGCAUACAGCCAACCCCAUCGACCCAGGCCUCCUUCUUGUCAAUCACCAUACUCCAGAAGAGGCACGUAACUUAAGAAAUGCCUUACCAGCGAGGCGGCAUGCUAAGCAAAUCCUUGACUCGAUUAAAGAAAAUGCCGUUAGCGUCAUAAUUGGAUCUACGGGAAGCGGAAAAUCUUCUCAAAUCCCUCAGAUGGUAUUGGAGGACGACCCUAAUGCUAAUAUAAUGAUUACUCUACCCCGAAAACUUACUGCUACAGCCAUAGCACGACGUGUUGCUUAUGAACGGGGAGAGGAAAUGGGGCAGUCCAUUGGGUACAGACUCCGAUGGAAGGCUAUGAAUCGUUCGUCAAGAUGCGGCAUCACCUAUAGCACAACAGGGAUUCUGGUUGAGGAUUUGUUGCGGGCUGAGGAUAGUGUCCUAGACACCUUGUCUCAUAUAUUCGUGGAUGAAACCCAUGAACGAGAUAUUCCCAUCGAUUUCCUUCUGGCUCUAUUAAAAAGGGCGGUGAAACGGCGAGCCAACUCAUCCAAGCCCUUCCCCAAGAUAAUAAUCAUGAGCGCAGACGCGGAAUCCCGCCUUGUCGAAAAGUACAUGGGAGCUGUUUCCGAGAAUGGAGAGUCUAUUCCUGUACCUCGCAUUGUGAUACCUGAUUCUGCCCAGUCAGCACACCGUUACUUCCUUGAGGAUGUAUUACUCACUCUAUUCUCAGCCCAUCCCGCAGAAGACAUGGUUCCGUUAAUUUCAGACUUGUCGACAGCUCAGCAUAUCUCAGCGGAGAAAGAUUUGAUCGCGCUAAAUUUUCCAGAGGGUAACGACGAUACCAAAUCAGUCAUUUCCGAUACCUUAUUGGAACCAAUUGCUAGGGAACCACCACUUUUAGAAAAGGACCAUUUCGUUCCUCUAGGGUUGAUCGCUGCCACAGUUGCUCAUAUCGCUAAGAAUGAGGGCGAUGGCGUGAUCCUAGUUCUAUUGCCAGGGCUCGACGUUAUGAAGCGACUAGAACAGAUGCUGUACGAUCGGCCUCUGGGGGUUGAUUUCACAGAUGAAGAUAAAUUCGAACUUUUCAGAUUGCAUUCGGGACUCGGCGAGGUGAAUUCUGAGACACUCCGCAAAGCCAAGGAGGGACGUCGAAAGAUCAUUCUAUCGACGAACAUUGCUGAAAACGGUGUAAAUAUACCAGAAGUCCGAUACGUGGUCGAUAGUGGGAAAAAGCAUGACACAGCCUACGACCCUACGACCAGUCUGCGGGAUAUAACUAGUGGCUGGAUUGAUAAGUCAGAUUUAUACCAACGGCAGGGCUGUGCAGGUCAGACUGGAGACGGAUUUUACUACGCGAUGUUUACAAAAGCAAGAUGUGACACCCUUGAAAGCGCAGUACCCGGAGUUACUCUGGCCCGUUUCGAAACCGAGUGUCUUCAACUGGCGGCCACCAUCCCCGAGCUACCUGUGCAAAAUUUUCUGCGUGAGCUACCCGAGCCGCCAUCUCAAGACCGCAUCGAUGGUACUAUUUCGAAUCUUAAGUCACUUGGGGCAUUCGAUGAUAGCGGCAACAUCACAGCCCUAGGCCGUAUUCUUUCGGUAUUGCCCAUUUCUCCAAUGGCUGGCAAAAUAGUCAUACUUGGUAUCUUAUUAAGAUGCCUUGAGCCUGCGCUAAUCCUCGGUGCCGCCAUUGAUUCACGGCCUCUUUUUAUCCCAUCCCGAUCAGAGAGAGCAUGUAAUUCGCCUCGCCGAAACUUUGCCGGCAAGAGUAACAGCGACUACAUAGCUACAAUGAGGGCAUAUCAGGAUAUCCGUAUAAUUUCCAGCAAGGAUGGGCAAGAUGCUGCUCAGGAGUUUUGUUUGAACAACGCAAUGAGUUACCCAACAUACUUAGGUUUGGAAGAAUGUGUUGAAAGCAUGGUAUCUACCUUACGCCACUUCAACCUCAUCUCAGAAAGUCAGGCCGACGGGCCACUCAAUGGUGGACCCCUUAACGAGAACUCUGGCAAUUUAUCUCUCCUUAGGGCGCUUAUUUCGGGAGCUGUAGCCCCGAAUCUUGCUGGCAAACCUAGUGAUGGAGGAAAGGGAUGGCAAACUAGUCGCAUUCCAAAGGCUGUCUUGAGUAAUAAGAGCACAAAUUCACUUCUCAAAAGUUGGGCUGGUCGAAUGGUGGCAUAUGGCGAGGCAGUACGCUUUCAUGUCGAUGCGGAUGUGAUUCUAAUGGACACUACAUCGUUGCAUCCGCUGACGGCGUGUCUAUUCGGGGAGGAACUGGCUCGCGAAGAUAACACGCUGCUCGUUAAUUCUUUUUUCCCAAUCAAGGUCAAAUCACCAAUUGGCUUGUUUGAAAGCGAUGCUAAGGCUGCAGGUACGGUCGUUGAAACGAAGAGGCUCUUGGAUAAGGCGUUUACGGCUUUCUACGAAAAGCGUGCCAACAACAGCAUGAGCGAAGCCGAUGAAUUAGAGUAUCAAAGCCUCGCGGCUCAGAUCGCAAAUAUGACGACUACUUUCUCCGAUGGACGCCGGCCUUCACGUCCGCUUAUACGACGUAUCCGCUAG